GAUACGACACGAUACAAUAAGACAGGACAAGAUACCAUGCCAUAGGACGCGAAGCGAUGCGAUGCGAGUGCCUCGGUUGGGACAAGGAUACGCUGUUAAUACAGUUUGAGCCAUGAUGAACCUUGGUUGAUCACCAAAAAACCCGUACCACGUGUUUCACCAAAGCCGUAACUGUUUUUCUCCUAUGGCGGUGGGGAGACUCACUCACUCACUCACCCAAUGCUCACUCACUCACUCACUCCGUCUUGUAGGACAGGUCGGCAUAUCGGUGUCCGCGAUGUGGACGGAGCCGGCUGACCCCCGUGACCCCGCGGACGUUGAGGCGGCGACCAGGAACAUGGAGUUUGACCUCGGUCUGAUGGUGGACCCUAUCCUAGGCAUUGGGAACUACCCCUCCCCCGCCAGUCUCCUAGCCAUGGACCACGACGACCGACAACAAAUAAAAGGGACCGCAGACUUCCUCGGUGUAGGCGUGUACGUGACACCACGUGUACAGCACCUGGACGUCGUCACGGCUCACGUGGGGAUACAGGCGGAUAAACAUCUGACGCUGCAGUUGAGUCCAGGGAAUCGGUCAUCCUUGUACAACCCUAGCGGUGUACGGAAGUUACUACGUCACAUCCGGGACAGGUACAACAACCCGGAAGUACUGAUCACAGAGACGGGUAUAUCGAAACAGGAGACGGCCCGGGGAGGGCCAACUCGGUCACAACUGAUCGAUAUGUAUGCGGGCGAAGUAUUGAAAGCUAUUGAACUAGACGGAUUUCACGUGACAGGGUUCACAGUUCGGUCUCUAUUGAACAGUUUUGAACUUAACGGAUACCAAGACACUUGGGGAUUAUUUUCUGUCAACUUCACGGACCCACAACGCCACAGAGCAGCAAAACCUUCCGCGGACCAUUACCGGAUGUUGAUCGAGAACAAUGGCUUUUUCAAGCCGGAUGCCAUGCCACAUGUUACUUCUACGCAUGCGCCUGUCACACAUGCGCCACGUCAUCCGACUGUGUCGUGUAGCUCGGACCGGGCUGUCGAGCCAAUGACGAGCAUGUCCAGUGCAGCCAUAGUAUUUGUAGUAUUUGAAUUUAUUUCUUUUUAUCAGUGACAAGUUCAUAUUCACUCCUACGUCUUCAACCCAUAUAACACAUGGGCUUCGUACUGUCUUUGUGUUUGUUGUAAUCGUUAAUAUUCA